CAAGCUACCAGUAUCACACAACCAGCAAAGCCGCAUUCUAGCAAAGCCGCAUUCUAGCAAAGCCGCAUUCUAGCAAAGCCGCAAGCCAGUUCUGUUACGACAUUGGAUUUAGAGGAAACAUGAAGAGGGAAACAUUUACCGAGACGCAAGUCGAUCAUUCCAUCGAUGCGAUUUUAGGAGCGAGGCCAACAAAUGGAAUUUUUCGCAAGUCGAAGACGAUGCUAAAGGCAAUAGGACAUCGCACGGAGACAGUACAUGGCUCAAAUACGCUCAAAGCAAAGAGAUCGCGGAGGAAUCGAACAGCGUUCACGGCAAAACAACUUCAAGAACUCGAACGAGUUUUCGAGAGCUGUCAGUAUCCGGGGAUCGAAGCUCGCGAAGAGCUCGCAGAAAAGAUCAAUCUUUCCGAGGCCCGAGUGCAGGUUUGGUUUCAAAAUCGACGCGCCAAAAGGAAACGCCUAUCGCAAGUGAAAUCUUCGAUGGAGUGCCUUUACGAGAAGUCGCAGGAAACGGAAGCAAGCGAAGAGGAGAUGACCAAUCACAAGCGAGAGAACGACAUAUCACGGGAAACGCAGUUUGCCUACACACCCAAGUCGCAAGAAACGGAAGCAAGCGAAGUGGAAAUGACCAAUCACAAGCGCGAGAACGACAUAUCACGGGAAACACAGUUUGCCUACACACCUACAUUCACCAGAUACAUCGACCUAAACCGCUACUCAAACCACGCCGUGCUCCCUUCGUUCAGCUACAUGCCCGUUUUCGUGUACAGCCCGCGAGCAGGCAACAACCACAGACUUCAUGAACUCACUAUUUAGCGUUGAUGGACACGUUUUGCCAUUUUUGUGGUUCAGUUAUCUCAAGAUACUUUAUGAUGCACAUUGUUUUGAGACAAGAUGUUCUAUUUAUGUAAUGUAUAUUGGGUAUUUAUGGAUGAAAAAAUAGAAAGCAAAGGAUUCCAAAGUUCGUUUAAAUUGUUUAUACAUUUUUAAAAUGUAUUAUAUAUUGUUAUAAACUUUGUUAAAAAUGCAAAUGAAAAACUUUCGAAAAA